ACUUACAUCGUCAAUUGUUUACAACGUGUCCCGUCGAAAGCGGAUGGCGUGGCGGGUUGUUGUUUCUAUGUUGUGAUAAUUUAUACGAACAUCUAGUAUUUUACCUUCUUUUUUACUUAUUUAUCUUUCAAUUCGCGUUACAUUCAUUGCAACCGAGAACGUAGCCAGCUACCAAGUGUUUCGCGCGAAUCGAAUUAAUAUUACGCAGAGAAAAGAGAGCGAACUAUGGCAACAUAGUCUAGUAGCACUAUUCGUAUCUAGCGACCAUCCCAACUGGCAUAACAAACACCGUGUCGGCUUAUCGGAAGAUCAAUAGAGUAUUUUGUGAUCGACCACCAUUGAUUUGGAAAAUAAAAUAAUAAUUAUUGAAUGUGCACAAAAUUAAGACGUAUUGUGAUUUCAACAAGCAAAGAUGUUUCAGUUCAUUAUAUGAUAUCUUAACGGAGUAACUAAUGCAUAUAUUGAUGUAAUGUUAUUGCCCAUUGCGAAGUCGCGGUAGUUGGCAAGUCAUACAGUGCUCAGUGCAAAUGUUUAGCUAAGUGGAUGCAAUUGCAGUUGAUCUUUGGAUUACUUUACUGUGAUAGAGGAGGUCUGCUGUUCUCCCUUUGCCAUCGUUUACUCGCUUCAAUUGAAUUGAUUAUUUUUGGAUUUGGAUCAGUUUUAUUUUCGCCAAUAUGUAUUAUUCAACUUCAGCAAACUAUAAAGAUUUUCGGAUAAACAGCACAUUAUCCAGGAUGGAUACCGACGAUGUUGAAUCUACUUCCAGCAGUGCAAUGUCCAAAAUUGGAGCAUUAUUCACGUUUACUUCGCCGGCAGUGAAAAAAUUGUUAGGUUGGAAACAAGGAGACGAAGAAGAAAAAUGGGCCGAAAAGGCUGUAGACAGUUUGGUUAAAAAACUAAAAAAGCGUCCGGGAGCCAUAGAGGAAUUAGAAAGAGCUCUAUCUUGUCCAGGGCAGCCAUCUAAGUGCGUGACUAUACCAAGAUCUUUGGACGGACGUCUGCAGGUAUCGCAUCGUAAGGGCUUGCCGCAUGUUAUAUAUUGUCGGGUUUGGCGCUGGCCGGAUUUGCAAUCACAUCACGAACUAAAGCCGUUGGAAAUUUGUCAAUAUCCAUUCUCUGCAAAACAAAAAGAAGUGUGUAUAAACCCUUAUCAUUAUAAGCGGGUGGAGAGCCCAGUAUUGCCACCUGUGUUAGUUCCACGGCACUCUGAAUUUGCUCCGGGACAUUCAAUGCUGCAAUUCAAUCAGAUGGGAGAGUCGACCAUGCCUCACAAUGUUAGCUACUCAACGGCGGGCUUCAAUAAUCAUCUAAGUCCCAACAGUCCGCCUAUGACCUCCGUGGGCAGCCCUAGUUCUGUAAGUUCCAAUCCCAACUCGCCCUACGGUAGCAUGGCCGAGACACCGCCGCCAGCCUAUAGCCCGUCGGAGGAUGGCAAUUCCAACAAUCCAAACGAUGGCACGCAAAUGCUUGAUGCUCCCAUGAAUGACGUUGCUCAAGUUAGCUACCAAGAGCCAGCGUUUUGGGCUUCGAUCGCUUAUUACGAAUUGAACUGUCGCGUUGGGGAAGUAUUUCACUGCAACAAUAAUUCGGUGAUUGUUGACGGCUUUACAAAUCCUUCAAAUAAUUCGGAUCGUUGUUGUUUGGGUCAAUUGAGCAAUGUUAAUCGUAACAGUACAAUUGAGAAUACACGACGUCAUAUAGGAAAAGGUGUUCACCUCUACUAUGUUACGGGGGAAGUUUAUGCUGAGUGUCUUUCGGAUUCGGCAAUCUUCGUGCAAUCACGUAAUUGCAAUUAUCACCAUGGCUUCCAUCCUAGCACCGUUUGUAAAAUACCACCUGGUUGUUCAUUGAAAAUUUUCAACAAUCAAGAAUUUGCUCAACUUUUAUCUCAAUCGGUCAACAACGGCUUUGAGGCUGUCUAUGAGCUAACGAAAAUGUGUACUAUACGAAUGAGUUUUGUUAAAGGUUGGGGUGCUGAAUAUCAUAGACAAGACGUAACAUCCACACCAUGCUGGAUCGAAAUACAUUUACAUGGACCGCUGCAGUGGCUGGAUAAGGUCCUAACACAAAUGGGUUCACCUCACAAUGCUAUAAGUUCGGUGUCAUAAAAUGCCGUUAGCUACAGAUUUCGUUUCACUAAAUAUAAGUUAAUAGAGUUAGAGUAAGUUUUAAGAAAAAACAAACGAAUGAAGAAAUAAGUUCAAAUUGAGACACACCAACCACUUACAGUUAAGAAAAGUAACAGAAAAGACCAUCAACCUUACUAAUUUGAGAAAUUCUACUUUCCAAUUGUAUCAUCUGUAGACAGACGGACGGCCGAUUGUAAAUUUUGAACAGAGUUGUGAGACCAGCCUUAUUUGUGAUUUUCUAAACACUGUUUACACGGAUUUAUCUCCGACGUAGGAUACGUGUCAAAAGUACUGCUAGUAUUUCACACUCAGUAGUAUAUGCUUUUAAUCUGGACAAUAUACCGACUUCAUGACUUGUACCGACUAUGUUUGCAAAACAUGUUCAGCCUAUGAUUUAUAUACUUAUACACGUAUCUUUUAUUUUACGACUCUCAUGUGCCUUUUAUAGAAUCUUAGUUAUUUUUAUUAUUUCCUUUCUAUUGCAAUGGAGUGUAUGUACAUUGACAAAUUGUCGAUUGCAAAUACUUCAUUGUUUCGAGUUUUUAUUGUUUCUUGUAGUACGAUUAUUACAUUUUUAUUGUCAAGCUUGAAAUUAGUGGCAGAAAUGUUGGUUAUUCUUGCUUGUUAAUUUCGUUGUCGUACCCAUAUUACCAUACAACUCAAAUGAUGAUUGAGCGUGCAAACAUUAUAAUGAUCUUCCUUAGUUUUAAACUUUACAUUUUAAUUGGUCUGAUUUUAUGUUUUAAAACUUUACUACAUUUAUCAAAAAUAAACAAAGAAAAUUUUAUUUUUUGUUUGGUUUAUUUCAAACAUUAAAUGCAAGAA